AUGUCUUCGACAUCUGAUAGCGACUCAGAUUGUAAAAAGAAUAUUCCACCUAGACUUGGCCCUUGUGAAGUAUGUGGUUCAAAAAUGGCAAUUUAUACAUGUCCAAAAUGCGAAGUAAAAACAUGCAGUGUUUCUUGUGUUAGAAUCCACAAAGAAGAAUUAGAUUGUAAUGGCGUAAGAGAUCGUACUAAAUUUAUAAGAAUGGAGGAUUUUACAGAUACUGAUUUACUUAGCGAUUACAGACUUUUAGAGGAGUGUGCACGAUUUGUUUAUUCUGUAAAAAGGAAUGAGAAAAAAAGAUUUACUAGAAUCGAUAAAGAAUUACCUACACAUCUAUACAAACUUAAGAUGGCAGCAAGGAAGCGAGGUACAGUUUUACAAUUUCUCACUCAACAUUUCUCAAGACAUUCAUUGAACACCACAAAGUAUCAUUUCAAAACAAAUGUUAUUUAUUGGAGAGUCGAGUGGAUAUUCCCAAAUGUAGAUUCAAAUCCAUUGAAAUUUGUGGAUGAAAGGUGCCCUGAACAAAAAAAAUUGUCACAUCUUUUAGAUAAAUAUUUGAAUCCAGAUGCUCCACCAUUCGAUGGCUCCAAGGAUCUUGUGUACUAUAAGUCUGUGGGAUUUAGUGGUGUGAAAGUUCUUUUGAAAGCUGAAAAACUAAGGAGUUCUAGCAAGAAAUUUUUUGAGCUUGAUACUACUGAAUCAUUAGCUGAAAAUUUGUCUGGGAAAUGUAUUUUAGAAUUUCCUAUUAUAUUUAUAGUGCUAAAAGAUCAUGCAUACAACUUUGAAAUUAUAACAAGAGACGAUGAUUUUGAAUAUAAAACAAAUGACAACAAGAAAGAUGAAAGUAAGACAGUAGAAAACUCGACCAAAAAUAAUGAGAACAAACCAACAGACAAUGUUGUCACAGGUAGUGAGAAAAGGCCACAUAUAGAUGAUAGCAAUCAGCAAAAACGACAUAAAACACUCACAGAAAUCAUAGCAGAAGAGAAAAAAAUGGAAAUAGAAAAGGAAAUUAAAGAAGAUAAAAAGAAGAGACCCAAGAAUCUUUUGUUUACAACUGGAUACUCUUCAGAAGAAAGUAUCAGUAGUGGGAGCGAAAAUGAGGAUGAAAAA